AUGUCCGAUUUCUUCCAGCAAGCCAAGGACAAGCUUACGGGCGAUACUAAUGUCGCCAAUGAACACUUGAAAAAGUUGGCUGACAAGUACCCAGUGAAUACUGAGGAACAAGAACAAGCAAGAGCUCGUAACGAGCAAGCUUACCAGAGCCUCAAACAACAUAAGCAACAAAAAUGA